AUGAUGAGCAGCACAAAACGCAAGGCAUUGGCGGAGAAGCCAACGACUGGYGCGAAACGAGCCAAGUUGAUCAAGGCUGAAGUGCCUGAGUACCACCUCACGCCAUCCAUCAAGAAUGAAGACGGCACACUCCAGUGGCCUGCACCUCAGAAAGAGAUUGAUCGAGCAAGAGAGAUCAUCUUGGAAUGUGCCGAAGCCAAAAAGUCUGUUCUCAUCGUACCUGACAAAGAUGCUGACGGACUGAGUGCGGGUGCUAUUCUGCGCCAUACACUAUUGCUGCUGGGUGUGCAGCCGGCUUUCAUUACUGUCCAUACAUUGUCCAAGGGAAACACCAUCCACAGUGAGGAUGAACGGGCGAAAAUGGCGGCCACGUCACCCGGUUACAUAUUUGUCAUUGACCAGGGCAGCCGUCCUGGGMCUUCAAUCAUAGACGGACCACACACCGGACUCAUCAUAGAUCACCACUAUGCAACAGAAACCGACUUCCCGGAUGGAUCAGAGCAUGUGACGGCAUGCUUCUCACCGCCCGUGGCCACAUCCGCCUUAUUAACGUAUACAAUCUGUCGACCGUUGCAUCCAGAUGUCGAAGAACGCUGUGACUGGCUUUGCGUAAUUGGGACCCACGGCGAUCUCGGGAACACUAUCAAGUGGAGCCCACCAUUUCCUGAUAUGACCGGCACAUUCAAAAAGUACACCAAGAAGCGUCUAAACGACGUCGUAAGCUUAGUUAACGCACCUCGUCGCACCGCAACUUUUGAUUCUUCGUCGGCUUUCGAAGCAUUAUGCGACACCACCGACCCGGCCAGCGUACUGUUGAAUCCUAGACUGCUAGCUGCCCGAGCUGAAGUCAACGCGGAAGUAGAGAGAUGUACGCAUACGCCGCCAAAGUUCUCUGCAGACGGGAAGGUCGCAGUCUUCAGGAUCAACUCAGAGUGUCAAAUCCAUCCAGUAAUAGCAACUCGUUGGGCUGGACAUCUGAACAGCAAAGCUCUCGAGAUCGUCUUAGUGGCCAAUGAAGGCUACCUGCCAGAUAAGGUAAACUUUAGCUGUCGCAUCGCCAGAUGUGCGCGAAGUCGAGAUCCUCAAGUCAACAUUAUUGAGAGCCUCAAGUCAUACGCAAGCCUUCCGGAAGACGAGGAAAACGAGCCUGAAGGUGGGAGACCAGGACUAUUGGAGCGCAUGGGAAACGACUUCGCACGAGGCCACGUGCAGGCAAGCGGUGGCAUUGUCAAGAAGGGGGAAUUUGAAGAACUCAUGAAGAAGAUGCGGAUUGGAGUGAAGUCUGAAGCAAAAAUGGAGAAAUCUCCCAGUAAGAGCACCCAGAGUAAUACCCUGUUGUCGUACUUCAAGAAAGGCUAG